AUGCAUUUUUCCAAGCCUUUUUCUGCUGAAAUUUGCGAGGAAUCCCCGCUCCAGAGAAUUUCCCAAGCUUGGAACGAAAAAAUUUACGAGUUUUUCCGGUCAAAUCUGUUGCUUGUAAAAAUUCAAAAAAUAAAAAAGGAGAAGAGACAAAACAAAAGCGACGAAAAAGUUCAAGGGCGUGAUCGUGACUUCUGCGGAUUUGAAAGUUGUAAAAGAAACGAUUUCCACGGAGAAGAAAGACUGGAAGAGCUUCAAAAGGUCCUCAAAUGUCGAAAGCAAAAGAACUGUCUCAAAACGCCAGAGAAACUUUUCAAACUCAAGAAGCCGAAAAAGUCGAAGAAGAGUCCUCACUUGAUAACGGAAAUUCAAAUCUCCACGACAAAGUCGUUCAUUCCCGGUUUUCACCAGAUCACUUGGGAUGUUCAAGAAUGGAACGGGACGAAAAUUGAUGUCGACUCCGACUCUCGCUUCAAGACGAAAAACUGCGACAAGGGCAAAAAGUGGACGCUGAAAAUUCUCGAGCCAGAGCAUCGAGGAAUCUACUACGCCCAUGUUGGAGCGACGAAUGAUUAUGAAAGAGUGGCGAUUACGAAGCAGAAGAAAGCGGAUUACAUUCACUCGGAUUUUUUGGACGUCUGUAAAUCGAGCGAAAAGAACUUUUGCUCAAUGGAAACGUCGCUAGAAAUGAACGGUUGCAACGGCGGGUACUGCUGCGUCCAUGAAAUUUACACCGAGCCAGAAUGCGUCUGUAAAAGCGGACUGGUCGGAAAAACUUGCCGAGAACUAGCCAGAAGCACGGAAAAUCUACCGACAAACGGGGGUCUUCAGCUGAAAGAAUGGAUGUCGACGUUGUUCUUGUUGCUUUUUGUCGCUGGAUUUGCUUUUGGGUCUGUUCUGCUUUGGAAGAGAAAGAAAAAUGACAGACUGCAAAUCGAACGAAACCUCGAAAAGCGCCGGAAUACAGAGCAGCUUGAAAACUCGAUGACUUUUCUCGCUAGUACCUUAGAUGCUUCCCAGCAGCAUUUACAGAUACCCAACUCUGUAUCGAAAGUUUCUCUUGUUUCAAAUAGAAGUGAGAAAUCUUUGCUAUCUCCACCUUGUGGACAUAUUUUUAAUCAAAGCCAGUUUCAGUAA